AAAGUUGCAGCGUUUUGAAUGACGGCAUUCAGACAUGGCAGCAGCACUGAAAGCCUGUGUCCAGCGCUCAGCUCUGCUGAGGACAGGAAGGGCUGUGCAAGGAUUGAGGGUAUUCAGCAAUGGAACUGUUUUAUCGAGUGAGAACAAGGAGCCUCCUCAAGCCAAAUUCUUCCCCCCUCUCAGAAAUGCGAUGCUGCCUCCCGACACAUUCAAAGGGAAAGUAGCUUUUAUCACAGGAGGAGGCACAGGGCUUGGAAAAGGCAUGACAACUGCUUUAUCGAGGCUGGGUGCCGAGUGCGUUAUCGCUAGCAGAAAAUUGGAUGUCUUGGAGAAAACUGCAAGUGAAAUCACAUCUGAAACUGGAAAUAAGGUUCAUCCUGUGCAGUGUGAUGUUCGAGACCCAGAUUCUGUUAAGAAGGCUGUGACUGAGUUAAUCCGAGUGGCCGGGCAUCCCGAUGUUGUGAUAAACAAUGCAGCAGGGAACUUUGUUUCUCCUUCCGAAAGACUUUCUCCGAACGCCUGGAAAACCAUAACAGACAUUGUUCUUAAUGGCACGGCUUACGUAACGCUCGAGGUUGGGAAGGAACUAAUUAAGGCAGGAAAAGGUGCAGCAUUUCUGGGUAUAACGACAAUAUAUGCAGAGAGCGGUUCUGGUUUUGUUGUGCCCAGUGCCUCUGCUAAAGCCGGUGUCGAUGCUCUUUACAAAUCACUGGCGUCUGAAUGGGGAAGAUAUGGCAUGAGAUUCAAUGUGAUACAGCCUGGUCCAAUAAAGACAAAGGGUGCAUUUAGUCGACUUGACCCAAUGGGAGUUUUUGAAAAAGAAAUGUUACAGAGGCUUCCAUGUGGGCGCUUGGGAUUGCCAGAGGAAAUUGCAAACCUUGCCAUAUAUCUCUGCAGUGACUACGCUAACUGGGUUUCAGGAGCAAUCAUUAGGAUGGAUGGUGGUGAAUAUGUGUUUAUGGCAGGGGAGUUUAAUAGCCUACAAAAGGUUACCAAUGAACAGUGGGACAUAAUGGAGAAAUUAAUCAGGAAGACAAAAGGCUCCUAGAACUAUUUCGGGUUCCAUUGACAUAGUGCCUUUAACUUUUUGUAGUCAAGCACCUAACAAACAAUUAUAUAUUUUGAUUAUGAGUAGUAUCCUAAUGAAUAAUAAUAUAAUUCUCCAAAAAUAUGAGUAGUAAAUGACACCUAAUUAUGUAUCAUUUUUCAAAUAAUUGUUGCAUAUUAAAACAUUUUGCACUUCA